CCGAGUUCUUCCUUUUCAGACCGAGUCGUCUUAUCGUCGCGGAGAGUUUCCUUCUACUGCUGCUGCUGCGGCCACCACUACCACUGGGCUUAUUUGCCCCGACCCCUUCCCGCCGCCCCGCCCCCAGCCCCACACAAGAUGUCAGAGGAUUUAGCAAAGCAGCUGGCAAGCUACAAAGCUCAGCUCCAGCAAGUUGAAGCUGCAUUAUCUGGAAAUGGAGAAAAUGAAGAUUUGCUAAAAUUGAAGAAAGAUUUACAAUGGCUCUCUGCAUCCCCGAAACGCCUUCCUUCAGUAAGCAGAGUGCUUGAGUGCACCCCCUUUGACCUGCUGAUAUGUAGAUCACAACACCUGAUGCUUCCUGGAAUUGCCGAUUACUGUAACUGCUGCCCAUCUGUCGAUGAAGGAGCAGUUUCAGAACUCAGACUUGAGGGAGGAAAAGUAAUUAAUGGAAGUUAUAGAACUAACCAAAGACCUUCUGUCAACUCAACCUUCUGAGACGCUUGCAAGUUCAGACAGUUUUGCUUCUACUCAACCUACUCAUUCAUGGAAAGUAGGAGACAAGUGUAUGGCAAUCUGGAGUGAAGAUGGACAGUGUUAUGAAGCGGAGAUUGAAGAGAUAGAUGAAGAAAAUGGCACCGCUGCAAUCACCUUUGCUGGUUAUGGCAAUGCUGAAGUGACUCCACUGUUGAACCUCAAGCCUGUAGAAGAAGGAAGGAAAGCAAAGGAGGACAGUGGCAACAAACCCAUGUCAAAAAAAGAAAUGAUUGCCCAGCAGCGUGAAUAUAAAAAGAAGAAAGCUUUGAAAAAAGCUCAGAGAAUAAAAGAACUUGAGCAAGAAAGAGAGGACCAGAAAGUGAAAUGGCAACAAUUCAACAACAGAGCCUAUUCCAAAAACAAAAAAGGCCAGGUAAAGAGGAGUAUUUUUGCUUCACCUGAGAGUGUGACUGGCAAAGUUGGAGUAGGAACUUGUGGAAUUGCCGAUAAACCUAUGACACAAUAUCAAGAUACCUCUAAAUACAAUGUCAGGCAUUUGAUGCCUCAAUAAUCAGAAAAACUGUUGGAUUUCAUCUCUGCAGGGCUUUACAUUUACCUUUUUAUCCUUAUAUUUUUCUAAAGGUAAAUUAUUUGUUAGAUGAGUAAGCAAGAUACCAUUGUCGUCAUUGGUUGACUUCAGUAGAAUGAAACGUGAAGAAAUUGCAUUUGAUAACUGCUAUUUAACUUUUCUCAUUAUCAGUACCACGGUUCCCUGAAAGUUUGUUGAAUAAAGCAACUUUUGUAGAUGCUGUUUCAUACAGCACUGAGAUGAAUUAUUGAUCUUCCUAAUAUCAGGCGCCUACUUAACCUAUGGUAUGUACUUUUUGUAAGUUGUAACUUGAAAUUUUCAGAUGCUUUGAACUUGACACAUAUUCUGGCAAUUGAUUGGAACACCAAGGCAAAAACACCAACCUGCUAAAGAGAUCCUUUCAUUUUUCUUAUUUUCAACUUUAAAACUUAGCUGUCGUUCAGUUAAGCCUAAAGAUAGGUUAAUUUGUAAAUGGCAGAGUUUGUUUUGAGGUUUUUCCUCAAAAACUUGUAUCCUAGGCCUAUUAGGCCAUCUCUAAAAUUGAUGUGUUUUAUUUUUACGUACUCUUAGUUCUAUGUAAGAAACCUUAGGAUGAGCUCCCUUUUCUAAGGUGUUUUUGUUUUUUGUAUGUUUGCUUUUUUCCUGUUUUUUGUUUUUUUCAUUUACGGCAGUGGUACCAUGUUUUGGAUGUGUAAUGUUUAUAUGGGAGAACAAAAAGCUGAUGUAUAGCCCUGUAUACAGUGUAGAUACUAUUUUUGUAAAAACACAAGGCUAAAUUAAUGAACAAGAGUACUGAAUGUUUCAUCAUUAAAAAUUUCUUGUAUUUCUUGUGCAUUAAUCUGACCAUAAUUUCCCUGUAUAUUAUGUUCAUUUAGCUGUUUGUAAUUUUUGUUAAUUAGAUCAAGUUGUCUGCAUUUGUUGGUGUAAAUGAACAUCACAGUUAUCCUGAGUUAAGCCAAAUACAUGCAUAGAAAAGGGUCUUCCUAUUAAUGGAAGAAGGUAAUUUUUAGGAUGUGUAUUAUUUCAUUUUUGUAUGUUUAACUUUUAUUAAAUAAAGUGUUUUUAAAAUCUC